UGCAACAGGGUGAACGUUAAAUAACACAUGGUCUAUUUUAAUUAUCAAUCCAUUUAGUUGGACAAAUAUUGCCACGGUAAUGGCCAUUUCUGUGGGGGACACUCCGUUCGAUGGAAGUCGAUCGGCCCGUGCGUGCGCCUCACGAGCGUCAACACGCACGAUAGUUGUGCAGCUUCCUGUAAGUAACCAUUCGCUGCGAACAGCUCCAGCUCAAAGUGCUCCAGGUGUUUCCUGAAUAAAAGCUUCGACCCGGUCAUCCGUGGUACCGCGAAGUGCACAGGUAGCGAGAUCCGAACAGAAGCGGCCUCAGCGGGGAGCCUCCUCCAUCCGGCGUGUCGUCCCCCGUUGGGGUGGUUGGAUCGCAGCGGAGGGCGCGUGCAAGACCAUCCGGCCGAUGCAUUCUUAGCCGGGGACUAAUUUAGUGUCCUCCACUUAGCUGUCUCUCUCUCUCCCUCCCUCUCUCUCCCCCCUCUCUCUCUCGCGCUCUCUCUCUCUCUCUCUCUCUCCGGGUAAACAGCACCGCCCCGACGGUUGUUUGUUCUAAGUGUGGAGCGAUCCGUCGCACAGCGCCGGGCUCGAUUGACGCUGUCUGCUGAUCUGCUAACUGCGGAUUGCUCGGAAUAACACGGCUGCUCGCUAAUUCCCGUCUACCGGGGCUUUCACCGGAACACCGACAGAGUGUUUGGGGCCAACAAAAAAAAAAAAAAACCCACAGAGAGCGAGAAGGAAGCCGACGCGGCAGGCAAGAGCGCCGCGCCGCCGGAGUCCGCACCCAAAGAAUGGCUUCAGGAGACCUUUACGAGGUGGAGCGGAUUGUGGACAAGAGGCGGGACAAGAAGGGGAAGUGGGAGUACCUGAUACGGUGGAAAGGUUACGGAAGCAAGGAAGACACAUGGGAGCCCGAGCACCACCUGCUGCACUGCGAGGAAUUCAUCGACCAGUUCAACAGCUCGAGGCUGCACUCGCACAGACGGCACAAGGUUCCGAAAAAUCGUCCACAGCUCCUCAUCAGCAGCCAGCCAUCUGCUACAGAAAACUCCAAAGCUCGGGCUGAGGCCCGUAAGAAGAAAAGGACGUGUGGCCCGGCUGUCGGGGUUAGAGUUGGAGCCGUUCUGGGGAUUGGAAGCGGGGGGACGGCACCCACCCAGAAGCAGAGAAAAGUGGGUGUUGGACCCGGGAAACACGCUCUAGGGGACGGAAUUAGCAAAGUCAUGACGUAUAAGGCUGUGGCUCCACCGGGAGGGCCCCACUUUGUUCCCCCUGCGAGGGUUCCUCACAACGGCCUGCAGAAUGGAGAGACGGAUCCUCUCAUGUACAGGACAGCAGCAAGGUCCCACAGACUGACAUCCGACCGAGUGGACAGAGAACCGGGAAGCGUGGACGCCGCUGGACAGUUCACUGCUCAGCUGGGCACCCCUCUGUCCAAUGGCAAGAUGCAUCUGCACAGCUCGGUGAAGCGGAAGUUGGCCGAAGAGAAAGGCUACGUGUUCGACAAGCGGCUCAGGUACAACGUGCGACAAAACGAGAGCAACUGUCGGUUCCGAGACAUCGUGGUCCGGAAGGAGGAAGGCUUCACGCACGUCCUGCUCUCCAGCCAAACAACGGACAACAACGCUCUGACGCCUGAGAUCAUGAAGGAAGUGUGUCGAGCCCUGGGCAACGCAGCUGCCGACGACAGCAAGUUGUUGUUGCUCAGCUCCGUGGGGACGGUUUUCUGCAGUGGCCUGGAGCCCUCGUACCUCAUCGGCCGCCUGUCCACCGACCGCAGAAAAGAGAGCAGCCGCAUCGCGGAGGCCUUGCGGGAGUUUGUGUUGGCAUUCAUCCACUUCAGGAAACCCAUUGUGGCGGCAAUAAACGGACCUGCUCUGGGUUUGGGGGCCUCCAUCCUGCCCCUAUGUGACGUGGUGUGGGCCAGUGAGAGAGCCUGGUUCCAAACUCCAUGCGCAGCCCUCCACCUCACCCCCUCUGGAUGCUCCUCCUACACCUUCCCCCAGAUCCUGGGCGUAGCACUGGCCAACGAGAUGGUGUUCUGUGGAAGAAAACUCUCGGCACAAGAAGCGUGCAGUCGAGGGCUGGUGUCACAGGUCUUCUGGCCGACCACAUUUAACCAAGAAGUGAUGCUGCGUGUGAAGGAAAUGGCGUCCUGCAAUGCAGUGGUUUUGGAGGAAUCCAAAUGCCUGGUGAGGAGUAUGAUCAUGUCAGUGCUGGAGGAAGUGAAUGAGAAGGAGUGUCAGAUGCUGAAGCAGCUGUGGUGUUCAACCAAAGGACUGGAGUCACUCUUCAGUUACCUGCAGAACAAGGCGUAUGAGAAGUGAACAUCCGGAAAACAAUUGUUAUCUACAGAGCGAUAUCCAGGGGGACAGCGGGAGGAUCUCACACUGAAGGAAUAUACGAAGUGUCUUUGUUUUCAUCGGUCGGCAGAAGGGAUUCUCUGGAGUUCUGUUUGCUUUCAUGUCCACCAACAACAGCUUCAUUCUCUUCUUCCGUUGGUAUCGACCUGUAUUUUAUAUUUAUUGGACCCAGAACUGUUCAGAUGUUUAUUUUCUAGGAGUCUAAGAGCAAAGGGCCGAACAUGCAUUGCUUAAAUAAACACUGGCCGAGGUUCUUCAGGGAGGUGCAGAGUGUUUCUGUACAAAUGUGAGACAAAUGUUUAUGAAAUCAUCAGGCGUGAAAUCAAUGUAUGUCAGAUGGCACAUGGUAAUAUAUAUUUAUUUCAAGAGUAGCUUUAUGAAUAUAAGGGUUUUCUUUAGCUCUGAAGUGUCAAUCAAAGUUUGCAUUAACACUUUUUUGCUCCUGUCAUGCACAUUCCAUCUUCUCUGUAUGGACAGAAGAAAACUAGCAACAGAGGCUCAUUUAUGUCAGUGGAUCACAUUCAGCAACUGGUUUAAAUGUCAUGAAACACUGGAUAAUUUAUAGAAAUAUAAGCUAUUUAUCAUCAACCUAGUUAAUGUCCAUACUCUUAAAAGGUUUUUAUUACACAUAACAGCAGACAUGUUGUUUGCCAGCAAAUUCACCAUUUCACCAUAGAUUUACUUCUGUUAUGCAAAACUAAGAUUAAUGCUCAUUUACUAAUGCGCCCGUGUGGUGAUUGGUGUACAAGUACAUAGCAGAUCAGCCUUUUGUUGUCAGCAUCCUUCUGUCUUCAGUUAUCAACUUCAAUGAAAGACACAACGGUGUGAUUCAUCUUUUAUUUAUACAGAUUAAAUAUGACUCCUGUCAGGAAUUUUCUUUCUAGGGAGACUCGAGGGAUUGUGAGUUUAAAUGCAGAUCAGAACGCUUUGUGCAAAUAGAGAACACUGGAGGCCUCAUUUGCUGGCUGUAAACAUUGAAUCGUGUACAUUCUUAAUUGAUUGACAUUUUGGAACGAGAAGAAAAUUACUUUAGAUGAUUAAAUGAGGUGUUGACACAUAAAACAUGGAAGGAUUAUUAAUGCAUUGUAUUCUAUAUAGUUUCAGAUACAUGCAGCAUUUCAUAUAUAUUUAACAUGGCUUCUUGUUAUUAAUGCAGAUAGUUAUUUUGUGAAAUGUGUGGUUAUCAAGUUGAUGUUACCUGAUGUUACACUGAAAAGUGAUCAAAUUUCUUGGUCCUCAAAUGAAUCACAUUGUGACCACAAUAAUUAUCCAUGUUCUAUAUUGUGGAAAUGCAACAGUCCAUUUGUGUAGCUGGAGUCGACUUUGUCCUUCUCUGCGUGUGAUAACUCAAGAGGUUUUGCAGUGUAGCCUAUAAGUAGGGAUCUUUUUCCUUUCUUUUUAUUUUACCCCGAAAACAGUAGUUGUGUGAAAAUAGUUUCUAAAGAUAUUUUGUCCAUAUUUUCCGUGGUACACAUGCAGCACAGAAUAAUAUAUAAAGUAGACUUGUGUCUUACUAAUUGCAUGUAACAUACUGUACAUAUACAUAUGUUGCCUGCCUGAAUACCAGGGUAUGUUUUGUAUAAAUAUUGUAAGUAGAGUUAGAAAUGGUGCGGUUUAUUUUUGUAUUUAUUAGAGGUAACCGUUUGAAUGUGCACUGCCACGUCUCCUAAUCACUCUUUCUAUGGUUUCCCAGAAAGUCCUUGUUGGACGAAAUGAGUCAGAUAAUUGAAAAACCCAGGUGUGUCAACUCCAUCGGCACUCGAUUACGUACCUUUUCAAACAAAGUUCCUUUGUUGUAAAUUAUCAAAACCAUAUUGGAUAAUUCAACAUAUAAUGUAUUUGAGUUUUAGAGUUACAAAAUGAUCAAUGAAAUACUUGUUACAGUAUUUCAGAAUACAAAGUGUGUAUGUUUGUUUGUUUGGGUGUAAGGAAUGUUUGCAGUGGUUUUGAUGAAGCAUUGAAGGACAUUUAAAUAAUAGAGAACUCAACUGAAAUGUAUUUUUAAGAAACUGCACACCUUCACUUAAAGUUUGGGAAAAAUAUAAUGAUUUGUGGCUGCAUUUUAGUGCACCAGAAUUUAUUUGAACUAUUAUCAUCAGAAGAAACUAACGGGCAGUUUGGCAACCAAAGAGUAUAUGUUGAAGUAAUCUCCCAAUGGUGGGUGGGAUUUUAUUUUAUUUAUUACAAGAGGGAUCCCUAUCUUUGCUUUUUCAACUAAAGUCAUGUUAUGUUGCUAAAACAAUAGCAGCUCUUGUUUGGCUUUAGGUGCCCAAGAAUGACCUGGUUAAUGUAACUUUCUCAUGACCACUGAGCAUUGUAUUCAUGUAUUCAUUGAUUUGAUGUAGUUUGUCAAAUAUUCAAAAUUGUCAUGCGAUAUCAAAUGCAUUUCUUCACUUGUACGCAUUGAAUCCAAUUUCCACCUCACCAUGUUCGAAGUGUGCUUAAAAUUUGGAGUAAAUUAGUUGUAUCUUUUAAAAAAAGAAACUUUGCAGCAUUAUUUAUGGGAAAUUACUGGUUUUGACAUGUUUGACACAAUAUCGUGUGGUCUUGUUAAUGCGUGUUCCAUCAUGUUUUUCCCCCACAUUGUCUCAAAGCACACCUCGGGGUGCCUUAGAACUAUAUGUUAAAGAUUGAUCCGUGCAUUGUGAUGGACGGAGUGAGCUGCUUCAAUAAAGAAAAAGUGCUUUCCCCUUGUGGGUUUUAUCUGAA